AUGUCUGGUGCUGCUCGCAGACGCGGCAGAGGUCGUGCUCGCGGCCAGCGCGACGAGACCUCCGAGGGCUCCGAACGCCUCUCAAUCCCAGCCGGUGGUUUCGACGGCCCCGCCUCUCGUGGUAGUGGCUCAGCUACCUCAGGCCGAGCUCAAUCUGGUGGCUCUCCAGCCCGCGGCGGUGGCCCUGCUCCUGCUGGUGGCUUUGUUGGCCAGCAGGGUGCAGGAAGUCGUCGCUCAAGCACCUCGGGCGCUCCUUCCCAGCCUCCCUCUCAGGGUGUGUCUCAAGGCAUGCCUAGACAUGAUCCAGCUCUCGAUCCUGCGCAUAUUCCCAAAGCUACGGAUGCGUUGAAGAACGUUGAUCUUCCAGCCUCUUUCUUCAACCUCGAUCGGUCGUACGCCGUCGGCACCGAAUUCAAGGCUCGUCCAGGCUUCAACACUACCGGCAGAGACAUCACCCUUGAACUCAACGCUGUUCAAGUCCGCAACUACCCUGAUCGCCAAAUCACACAGUACGAUGUCGUUAUUGGCAACGGUGCUGAGAAGCCCAUUGUCAACCGCAAGGUCUGGAACUCGACGACUCGCAAGAAUGCUACUGGCCCUGCAAUCAUCUGGGAUGGUAACAAGCUUGCCUGGUCCCUUGAUAAGAUGAAUGAGUUGAGGCUGAUGGUGGACCUCGAUGCUGAGGAGGGAAGGAAGCCGCGACCUGACGGCAGCAACUCCAUCCGCCUGCGAGUCACUCCGACCCGGAUCCUUGAUCCGACCAUCAUCCACAGCUAUCUUCAGGGCAAGGUCGACAACUCUGUCAACGUUGCCGAAGCCAUCAACUUCAUGGACCACCUUCUUCGCGAAGGUCCAUCUCAGAACCCUAGCCUCGUGGCAGUCAAGCGCUCCUUCUUUGCGCGCGAGGGUAAACGAUUUGACCUUGGUGGGGGCAUUGAGGUCUUCAGAGGCAUAUACCAGUCGAUGCGUCUCGCUCAAGGCCAGAAGCUGAUAGUCAACAUCGAUGUCGCCAACACGACCUUCUGGAAGCCAAUGGCUCUCCUAGCUGCCAUUUCAGCAAAUCAAGGUGUUCGUGACCCUGUUCAGCUUGCUCAGAGAAUGCGGCCAGACGGCAACAACGGACAGCGAAAAAGCAAUGCCUUUACUCGUCAAGUUUCAAGCCGCUUCAAGGGCAACGUGUGCACUGCUCAAUACCCUGGCAACCCGGCGGCUGGUAAAGAGUGGAAGAUUGCUAAGAUCGACACUAACAAUGCCAAUGAGGAGAUGCUCGACUGGAAAGACCCCACGACCAAGAAGCCAACUGGCGAGAAGGUCUCCGUCAAUGAGUACUUCCGCCGCAAAUACAAUCAGCGGCUCAAGUACCCUCAGCUUCCUCUUGUUGAGAUGACGAAGCGAGGGGUCAAGUACCCAAUGGAGUUUCUGCACCUACAGCCGAACCAGCGAUACGCUGCAAAGCUCGACGAGAACCAGACGGCGAACAUGAUCAGGUUUGCGGUUGCUCCACCUAAGGAGCGCAAGGCCGCCAUCCAGGAACAAAAAGGCUUCCUCAACUGGCAGAACGAUGAGUACCUUAAGAACUACAACCUUAAGAUUGACAACGAUACCAUCAAGACCAACGCUCGACUACUGCCCCCUCCCCAGAUCGAGUUUGGCGGCAGGAUCGAAAGCCCAGGCACCAAAGGUCGUUGGGACUUGCGUGGUAAGAGGUUUCUCACAGGUAAUCCCAAGGAGCUUGUUGCAUGGGGCAUUGGCGUCUUUCAAGGUCGAAUUCCCGCCGACCAAGCUGCCAUCACGAGGUUUGCGCAAGACUUUGCCCGAAACUACCGCGGAUAUGGUGGCAGAGUCUCAAAUGCGGGCCCUCACAUCAUGCAGCUGCCAGCUGACGUGGGAGCUGCUGUCGAGCAGCUUCACCAGGCCACUGGCAACAAGUUCCAGCUGCGGCCCCAGCUGCUGGUGUUCCUUGUCCAAGACAAGAAUUCUUUCAACUACUUGCGCAUCAAGAAGUCAGCUGAUUGCCGCUUUGGUGUGGUCUCUCAAGUCAUGCAACUCGCCCAAGUCCUAAAAGGAAACCCACAAUACUAUGGCAAUGUCCUCAUGAAGGUCAACGCUAAGCUGGGAGGUUGCACGUCGAGAGUCAAGCCUAAUGCGACCAGCGGCUUCAAGGGCACAUUCGGCGGCCCCACCAUGUUCAUCGGUGCUGACGUCUCGCAUGCGUCGCCUGGGUCUGCCGAGGCUUCCAUGGCCGCCCUGACCGUGUCUUGGGACAAGCAUGCCGGCCGGUAUGCGGCUGCUUGUCAGACCAACGGCCACCGUGUGGAGAUGAUUUCUGAGGCCAACAUGAGGAAUAUUCUCGAGCCACUUAUCAAGGUUUGGAUGAACGAUGUGGGUGUUCGACAGUUGCCGACCCAGGUCUACUACAUGCGCGAUGGUGUUAGCGAGGGCCAGUUCAGCCACGUCAUGAAUCAAGAGGUCCCGCAGCUGAAGAAAGUGCUCAGCACCGUCGCUGGCAAACCUUGGAGCGGCAAACUCACCGUCAUCGUUGCCUCGAAGCGUCAUCAUGUCCGGGCUUUCCCCAAGCAAGGUGACAGUGUCGCCGGCGACCAGAAGGGCAACCCUGUGCCUGGCUGCCUCAUCGAGCGUGAUAUCACCAUGCCCAAGGAGUUCGAUUUCUAUCUCUACUCUCAUAUUGCGCUCCAGGGUACAUCUCGUCCCGUGCACUACACCAUUCUCUACGACGAUGCGAAUCACCCUCCCAACCAGAUUCAGAACAUGAUCUAUGAGCACUGCUACCAAUACAUGAGGUCGACUACCUCAGUGUCUCUCCACCCUGCGGUGUACUAUGCUCACUUGGCCUCGAACCGUGCCAAAGCCCACCAGGACAUCGCGGCUUCGGAUGGUCCUCAAGGUGGUCCUGGCUUCAAGCAGAAUGCGCCACCUUCCUCGGACGCUCCUAGCUCCGAGUCUACACCUCUUCUGAGCAUGUUCAAUGCCAACGAGAUCCGGAAAGCCAUGUGGUACAUCUAG